AUGAACCCUUCUCGACCAGAUCCAGUUUCUCUUGAUGUUGCUAAAAAUGCCCUUAAAGAAUCAUAUCAAUCGAUGUUAAACGCCUUCUGGACAUUAAAAAAUGGUCAACAAUAUACUCCAAGGGGACAACAAUCACAAGAGAAAAGAUCUGCUUUUGAUGUGAUGAUGAGCACGGCACGUAACUUUGCUUCAACGCCCAAACCCACAACAAGAUCAUCGUCAUCAACACAUAAAGUUUCUUGGGCAAAUGUACUCUUACCAUUUUGUGAGCGCCCGGAAAUAUUUUCUGAUAAAGAAGUGUAUUCUUAUGAUGACAAUAUUGUCAUUAUUUGGGAUAAAUAUCCAAAAGCAAAAAUACAUCUUUUAGUAAUGCCAAGACAAAAAAUUGAUAGUCUUAAAGAAUUGAAAAGACAAGAUCUAAACUUGAUUGAAACUAUGAAACUAAAGGGGCAAGAGGUGAUCGAUCGGUAA